UGUUAUAAAUUAUAUUUUUUUUAUGUAGAUGUGACAGAUGAAAUAAAGUCAGUGUCGGUGAUGGAGGGAGAUUCUGUCACUCUAUACACUGAUAUUACUGAAGUACAGAAAUAUUUAUUGAUUCAGUGGAUGUUCAGAAACUCUCGAAUAGCUGAAGUCAACAGACUUGCACAAAGCAACUCCACAUAUGAUGGUCCAGGUGGGAGAUUCAGAGAUAGACUGUAUCUGGAUGAGAUUGGAUCUCUGACCAUCACAAACACCAAAAUCACUGAUUCAGGAAUUUAUAAACUGACACUUACCAGAAGAGAAACCAGUUACAGGAGUUUUAAUGUUACAGUCUAUGUGGCUCCUCAAAGUACUUCAUCUCCAGAAAGUUCAUCAAACUCAAACUUUUUGUCAUCUCCGUAUGCAUUGAAUAAUCCAACCAUCAACCAGACUGAGGAUGCCAACAGUACAGAUCUCCAUCAGUCAAGUUCAGACCACAUCUACUGUUGUGGUUUCCCUGAAAUUGUGAUCCGUUUGGUCGUCGCUGCUCUUGUUAGUGUGGCUGCUGUUGCAUUUCUUGUUUAUGACAUCAGAUCUACAAGAAUUGAGCUGAACUGGGCGGAGGAGACUAAACGAGACCAGCAGAUGCAAGAAGCAAAAUCACACCUACAGUCUGACCUGAGCAGAAGAAUGAGCUCCAGAUAUGUUUGCUGAAAGAAGUAAACAGAUAUAUUAACAGAUAGUUUUAUACACUUGACAUUUUAUUUAUUGAGCAGAAUAUAAUUCUGACUGAUCUAUUAAAUAAGACUGAAGAUCAUCCCAUAGAUUGUUGCUGUGAAUUUUCAUUGGAAUUUUUCCUCUCAUUCUCU